AUCAUUUCAAUCUUGAAACAAAAACUUAUUUGACAAUUUUCUUAUGAAAUAAAUUUAGAAGAUUAUUCUUCACAUUAAAACAACUAAAAAUAAAAAUAUCAGAAACCGGAAGCUAGAUUGUCGGUAUAUGUAAAGUGUGUGGAGGAGUGGUUUGCAAAAAAUAAAAAAAAAAUAAACAACAAGAUGAAAAUGGCCACUAACAAUUUGACGACAAUGACAACGAGCCACAAUAACAGCAACGACAUUAAUGAUAAUGAUAAUGACAAUAAUUUCAAUUCGGAAAAUAUAUCCAAAACAAUAACGACAACAUCGACAACAACAACCACAGCAACAACAAUGAUGAUGAUGACAACAAUUUCAUCAAAUAAAUUAUCAAUGGAUCAAAAUAAUGAUGAUAAAGAAUUGAUUGAAAAAUUAUUACGAAUGAUUAAACGUGAAGUGAAACAGAUUAUGGAAGAAGCUGUAACAAGAAAAUUUGUACAUGAAGAUAGUGGAAGUAUUACAUCAUUAUGUGCGGCCGUCGAUGCUUGUCUAUCGCAUGGACUAAAACGACGUGCACUUGGCUUAUUCAAAACAAAUUCAACAACAGCAUUAUUACAAAAAGUAGCAAAAAAUUUUGAUAUCGCUGCAUUGGUAUUGAAAAAAGUUCAAGAAAUUGAAAAUAUUGAUCCAAAUAAACGAUCAUCAUCAAGUAGUGAUAGUUUACAAAGUCGUAAUCGUAUGUCAUUCAAAAUGAAAUCAAAUCAACAACAACAAACAUUAAAUAACAACAACAACAACAAUAAUACGGGAACAAUAUCAUCAAAUAAUAAUAAUAGUAAUAGUGGUGGCAGUGGCAGUGGUGGUGGUGGAAAUCAAUCAUCAUCACCGACAAAAUAUCGUUUUCUUUGGAUAAGAAUUGCAUUAUUUGAAAAAUAUUUAGUAUCAAUUGUUGAUCAUGUUGUUAAGAAUAGUUCAAAAUAUUAUGAACGUGAUGCAUUAGUAUCGGAUCCUGUUGCUGGACAAAUUUUUGCAUCCUUAUUGGUUGGUCCUUGUGCAUUGGAUUAUACCAAGAUAAAAACGCAAGAUCAAUAUUGGACAGAUCCACCAGCCGAUGAAUUAGUACAACGUCAUCGUAUAUCAUCAUCAGUUUGUUUACCAAAUCCAGUAACAAAUAAUUCUGCAGCCACUGGAAUCAAUCAAUCAACACCACCAUCAUCUCGCCGACCAUUAGGUAUGAAUUAUAGAAAAAAUUUCACCUAUACCAAUGGUGUUGGCAAUGAACAAUAUCAUCAUCAUCAUUAUUAUCAUCAUAAUUAUGAUGAACAUCAAUCAGGAUCGCCAAUAUUACGUACAUCAUCAAACAUAUGUUGGUCACCAAAAGAUUAUGUUGAAUCAUUACAUCAAAAUUCUAAAUCAACAUUACUUUAUGGAAAAAAUAAUGUUAUCAUGCAACCGAUCGAUGAUCAAGAACCAAUGCCCGGUUAUCUAUCAUUGCAUCAAGAUUCAAAUGGUCUUAGUAUCAAAUGGACACCGAAUCAAUUGAUUAAUGGUCGAGUUAAUCAGCCAUCAUCGGAUGGAAAUAAUGAUGGUUUUUUUAAUCAUUCAAUGGAUAAAACGAGUGCAUUCUGGAACUAUGCUUUGAAUGUUAACGUGGAAAAUAUUGUCUAUCUUCAUUGUCAUCAACAUAAAUUAAGCUACAGUUCGAUUGUAAUGGUUGGACGUGAUGGUGUAAUGCAUCCACCGAUAAAAUUUCCAAAAGGAGGUCAUCUUUUGGCAUUUUUAUCCUGUCUAGAAAAUGGUCUUGUACCAUAUGGACAAUUAGAUCCACCACUUUGGUCGGAAAAUGGUAAAGGAAAAAUUUUUCCCAAAUUACGACGAAAAUCAGGACAUCAUCAUAAUGGUGAACAACGAAAUGAUCAACAACAAUCAUUAGAUAUGGAAUCGGAUGAUAUUACAGCCGAUUAUGUUUUUCGUGUCAUAUCGAUUAAUGAUAAACCGGAUACAAUUAGUGCAGAAUUAUUCGAACCAAAGUUAACACAAAAACAAUCCGAAUUUUUGCCAAAAAGUUAUGAUGAAAAUCAGCCACACCAACAACAAAAACCUGAAGCAUCGCCAUCAUGUCAACAGAUUGAAAUUGCAGUGAAUGAAACGAAAACUGAAAUCGAACAACAACAACAAAAAUUUGAUAAUAUACAGAAUAUUCAAUUAUUGUGUAAUACAAUGAAAAAACAAAUUAUAUCAAGAGCAUUCUAUGGUUGGCUUGCAUAUUGUCGUCAUCUAAAAACAGUACGAACACAUUUAGCCGAUUUAGUCAAUACGAAAAUAUAUCGUAUUAAUGAACCAACAGAUGCAUCAAAAGGUAUAACAAAAGAUUUAUGGGAAAAUCAUAUGUUCAGUUCCGUUGGUAAAAUAUCGAUGGAUCCAAUGGAAUUUUAUCGGCUAGUUUAUUUUGGCGGUAUUGAACAUUCAAUUCGUUCAAAAGUAUGGUUAUAUCUUCUUGGACAUUAUCAUUUUGAUGAUGACAAUGAAGAGAAAAAUAAACAUGAUAUUGAAAUGCGUGAAAAAUAUGAAAUGAUUAUGUCGGAAUGGUUAGCUGUUGAAGCUAUUGUACGACAACGAGAUAAAGAAAUUGUUGCAGCAAAUCUAGCAAAAUUAUCUUCAGAAAGUCAAAAUGAUAGUACUGAAAUGUCAGUAGAUAAAUCAAUAUAUCAUCAAUCGAACAAAAUGUUCACGAAUGAAGUUUUUGAAGAAAAUGAAGAAUUUGAAAGUCGAAAGUCAUCGAUUCAAAGCAAUUCCGAACAAAAAAAUAUGAAAGAAGCUGAAUGUCCGAUGGUAACCGAUGAUAUUGAUGAUAAUAACAGAGAAAAUGAAAAAAUGAUCAUUGAAACAAAUCAUACAACAAGCAAUUGCCGAAAACCAUUGAUAAGACAUAAUAAAAUUAGUGAAUCAGUGACAAGUGCAAGCAGUAUUACUAGCAUUCAUCAUCAGAAUAUUAUCAUCACAAAUCCAUCGGUUGAUCGUAUUAUACCACCGAAUUCAUUGGAAUCAUUAAAUCAUUAUAAAUCGAAUGGCAACGAAGAAGAUGAAUCAACCAGAUUACCUAUCAAUUCAAUGGAAUCUGGAGGUGCUGUUAGUAGUGGCGGUGGUGGUGGUGGUGCUGGAUCACAAUGUGUAUCGCCAGCAUCAUCGAAUGGAGGCCUUUAUUCGAAUGAACUUCUUGAUCUUUUUUCACUUAACUUACAUCGUAUUGAUAAAGAUGUACAACGAUGUGAUCGUAAUUUUUGGUAUUUUACAAAAGAAAAUUUGGAAAAAUUACGAAAUAUUAUGUGUACAUAUGUUUGGGAACAUCUUGACAUUGGUUAUGUACAAGGAAUGUGUGAUCUAGUUGCACCAUUAUUAGUCAUAUUUGAUGAUGAGGUAUACACAUAUAGCUGUUUCUGUAAGCUAAUGAUACGAAUGACUUCCAAUUUUCCACACGGUGGUGCUAUGGAUACACAUUUUGCUAAUAUGCGAUCAUUAAUACAGAUUCUUGAUUCAGAUAUUUUUGAAUUGAUGCAUCAAAAUGGUGAUUACACACAUUUUUAUUUCUGUUAUCGUUGGUUUCUAUUGGAUUUUAAGCGAGAACUGAUUUAUGCUGAUGUAUUUUCUGUUUGGGAAACCAUAUGGGCUGCCAAACAUGUUUCAUCAUCAUCAUUUGUUUUAUUUAUUGCAUUAGCAUUGGUCGAAUAUUAUCGUGAUAUAAUAUUGGAAAAUAAUAUGGAUUUUACUGAUAUUAUUAAAUUUUUCAAUGAAAUGGCCGAAAGACAUGAUGCAAAAGCUGUAUUGAAUAUUGCCCGUGACCUGGUACAUCAAAUUCAAACAUUAAUGGAAAAUGAUAAAUAAAAAUUGAAUCAAUUUUUAAAAUUGUGAUUCAUCAUCAUCAUCA